UACGAGUGUACUUCUAACCCUUGAGCCCUCUCUUUCCAUCAUUAAUUGAGCAGGCUCGCCGUAGGUAUUAAGAGCAUUUAUCCUUCAUCGAAUCAUCGUUGGAUAACGCCGACAUGCCCGUGUCAUAACCGACAAAUAGGAUUGCAUAUAUACCCACCUUGGCACACGUUGUCAGCAGUCCCUAAUAUUCGGCUUCGGCGUUUCUACUUCUCGUGUUUUCAGAGGUAUAGGAGUACCCAGAGUCUCUUGUUUUGGCUGUAUUUCCAGGUCGAAAUCCUUCUCUAUCUAUUGAAAGGGCUGUCUGAAGGUUUCAACAACCUAUAGGCUCCUACAGAUCUCCCACCAUAUCAGGGAGUGGAAGUCUGUUAUUAACCAUUCCGUUUCGACUCAGCUUAUCUUAUAAGAGCAGAUGAACCAGCGGGGCAAUGUUGGGACUAGAGAAUUCCAUGAUUGGGAGCUUCAUAGCUCACUUUUGGCUACCUCUAAUUGUAUCAGCAGUUCUCAUACGGCUGGUUAGGAAUCGGUACCACAAUGGCUUGAACAAGUACCCCGGCCCCUUUCUGGCUUCGCUGACAGAUCUGUGGCGAUUUUGGGAUGUUUAUGGACAACGACCUGACAUAACACAUCGAAAGUUACACGCAAAGUAUGGCGAUGUGGUACGUCUAGGACCUAAUUCUCUGUCCAUUGCGGACCCGAAGGCCCUCAAGACAAUAUAUGGCCUCAAUAAGGGAUUUGUCAAGUCCGAUUUUUAUGUCGUCCAGCAAUCAGUAGUCAAGGGGAAUUCCCUCGCCUCGCUAUUUAGCACGACGGAUAACAGCUUCCACGCCCAAUUUAGACGAUGCGUCAAUUCAGCCUUUGCUAUGUCUGCGUUGGUACAGUACGAGCCUUUUGUUGAUAAUACGACCAAGCUGUUCCUCAAGCAAACGGAGCGCCUCUUUGCAGGUAACCCGGAAGGAUGCGAUUUUACACGAUGGUUACAGUUCUACGCCUUCGAUGUUAUUGGCGAGAUUACUUAUAGUAAGCGCCACGGGUUUGUUGAGAAAAACGAGGAUAUCGACGGUAUAGUUGAUUAUUUGGGGAGUUUAUUCCUCUAUGUUGCGCCGAUUGGCCAGAUCCCGUGGCUCGAUCGCGUUUUUCUUAAAAAUCCCAUCUACCUGAAAUUGUCCCAAUGGGGGUUCAUUGAUGCUACUUUCCCCGUUGCGCGGUUCGCCCGCGCUCGUAUGGCCGAGCGUCUUGGACCUAAUCUUUCAGGUGACCCUUCCAAGCCUCUUCUUCCAGUUUCUACCGAAGGAAAAGCAGAACCCAAGUCGCCUGAUCUGCUUUCCAAGUUUUUCGCUGCACACGAUGCCCGACCAGAUUUCAUGAACGAUACUUUGGUACAGACCAUGGCUGUGUCUAUGGCAUUCGCUGGCUCUGAAACGACCGCCAUAUCGCUAGCCAGCGUCUUUUACUAUCUGCUACGAAACCCAUCUGCGCUCUCGAAGCUACGAAAGGAGCUCGACGAUGCAGCUUUGUCGGGUGUCUUUAGCGAUUACGAAACAGGUCUCGUGACAUGGACUGAGAGCCAGAAGCUACCGUAUCUCGAUGCUUGCAUUAAAGAGGCGUUCCGGUUACAUCCAGCAGCUGGCUUGCCGCUCGAGCGCAUUGUUCCUGAGCCUGGUGUUGAGAUUGCAGGUCAUUAUGUCAAGGGUGGGACGAUUGUUGGUUGCUCCGCGUGGAUCAUACAUCGCCGCCCGGAGAUCUGGGGCGAGGAUGUCGACACAUUCCGACCAGAACGAUGGCUAGUAGAUGAGAAACUUACAGGUGCUAAGAAAGAAGAGCAGGAACGUCGCAUACGUGAGAUGAAUGGCAUGAUGUUCCAAUUCGGCAUGGGCGCUCGUACAUGUAUUGGGAAGAACAUUAGCUUGCUGGAGAUCUACAAGGUCGUCCCGAGCUUGCUCCGGCGGUUCGACAUCCAAUUCAAAGACCCCAAUCAAGAGUGGAAGCUGGUGAAUGCGUGGUUCGUCAAGCAGCAGAAUUUCCAUGCUAUGUUCGAAGUGCGAGAUUUGGUAAAGCCACCGAAGGAGAAACACGCCAUAUCGUAGGGAGGGUU